AUGGCCCACGAGGGGUCUGAUCUAGAGCCAUCAUAUUCAGAGCGUAAUAAUAAUGAUUUGUUUCCGAGUAUUAACAAUUCGUCUAAAAAUAAUGAUUUAUUUCCUAGUAUUAACAGCUCGAAUGUGAAAUACCCUGCUAUACAUUCAGAUGAAGAAAGCGUAGACAUAAGCGAACACAGCUCAGUACGACAGUUCAGACACAUAUUCAAUAAACAAAAAAUCCUUAACAGAUCCGUGGAAUCUGUACUGGAUAGAAACCUAUUCCAACUGCAUUUUGAUACUACAUCUGAUAUCGAAUUGAGUACGCUAUCAUCCAAAAGGGACAUUUCUCUAGACUCUUCAAUUAUUGGUAAGAUACUGAUUUCUGAAGCUCAAGAAAAUGACGAUAGGUUCCAAUACUUGAAGGCGUAUGAAAAUUUAAAGAAGCAACGAGGAAAUUUCGAGGAGGAUGCAUCUGUCUUUGAUUUAUCUCUGAUGGAUGAUUACAAUAAAUAUAUUAAGCAAACAGAAAUAAAUGAUGUAAUCCACCAAGGUGUCAUUGAGAAACAUAAAGAUAAUGUUUUGAGUAUUGUCAAGUCAAGAGAUUUAGCAGAGAACUUUUAUCAUGAUAACAAAAGUGAUGAUUUGAAAUGGGUCAAGUCUAAAAAGAAACGCAGAAUACCGUGGUAUCGUAUAGAUAAGAAAAAAAAUAGAAAGGAAAGUUCUACGGAGUCAUUAUUUGAUGAGGAUGAUGCUAUGCCUCCUUCUAAUAAGAAGCAGAGCAAGUAUCUUCAACGGAAAUUGAAAAUCAGGCAUUUACAAAUGAUUUCUUUUGGUGGGACACUCGGAGUUGGAUUAUUUUUGAAUAGUGGAAAGGCAUUUGUUCUAGCAGGAGGGUUUGGAACGCUAUUGGCAUUUACAAUCUGUGGUUUAAUUGUAUUGGCUACCAUGGUAUCAUUUUGCGAAAUGGUUACCUUUGUCUCGGUUAUUGAUGGUGUAUCUGGUCUCAGUUCAAGGUUUGUGGAUGAUUCAUUUGGAUUUGCUGUAGGCUGGUUGUAUUUUGCAAGUUUUGCAUUUGGGUUGGCGGGGGAGAUUCUUGCUAGUGUAAUGAUGUUGAGUUAUUACCCUAAUUUGAAAAUUACUCAUCACGAAGGAUCUAUAGCUGGAUUUGUCACAUUAUUUUUGAGUCUGAUAGUGAUUAGUAACUUGGUGGAUGUCAGGAUAUUUGGGGAAAUUGAAUAUAUUUCAAGUCUAAUUAAAAUAAUAUGUGUAUUGAUUAUGAUGGUUAUAAUGAUUGUGCUAAAUACAGGCGGAUUUGGUUCCGAAAAUAUAGGAUUUAAAUAUUGGCAACACCUGAAGUCUGAUUUUGAACAUAAUAUAAUAUUUGGGUUAUUCCGACCUUCAUUCAACUUGAAAGACAAUGGAUCUUCAAGUUCACGUCUUGCAAUCGGUGGAGAUAAAGGGAGAUUCUUAUCACUCCUAACAGCAUUAUUAGUUACCGCAUAUGCAUAUAGUGGUACAGAAAUUGUUUGCAUUGCCGCAUGCGAAGCAAAAAACCCAAGAAAGGCUUUGCCAUCUGCUACAAGAAGAGUAUUUUGGAGAAUUAUUAUUCUUUAUUGUUUAUCAAUUUUUUUGGUGUCGUUAAAUAUUUAUGCGGGUGAUCCAAGAUUAUUACGAUAUCUUCUGGGAAACACAAGUAUUAGUGGAGAUGAGCACGAAAAUAAUGAAUACGCCAUUAAAUAUGUCGGUGGUUUUAAUUGUAAUUCUGACUCCACAGUUUUUGGUGGAUUCGGAAGUGGAUCUCAAAGUCCUUGGAUUGUUGCUUUACAAAGUGCAAAUCUUUGUAAAUUCAGUUCAGUGUCAAAUGCGCUUUUGACGUUUUUUGCUGUCAGUUGUGGUAAUGCGCAAUUAUACGUUAGCUCGAGAACAAUUUAUUCUCUAGCUCUACAAAAGAAGGCACCUAGGAUUUUAACCUAUUGUAACAAUUAUGGAAUCCCGUAUAAUGCUGUGUUAUUUUCGGCAUGUUUUGGAUUAUUUGCCUAUCUUUGUAUCUCAGAGAAAGCUACAAUUGUUUUUCAGGAUCUAACAAGUAUCAUCUCGUCAUCAGGAAUUAUUGCUUGGUUUGCAAUGUGCUUGUCAUUUAUUAGGUUUUAUUAUGGCCUAAAAUUAAGACCUGAUAUUAUUAGUAGAGACGAUAAAGCAUAUCCAUAUAAAUCCCCCUUCCAACCCUACAGUGCGAUACUCGGCUUGGUAGGGUCGGGUUUAAUUAUACUUGCUAUGGGAUAUGUGGUCUUCUUAGACGGUGAAUGGGAUACCUUGUUCUUUUUCUCGAGCUAUGGUUCUCUAAUGGUGUUCGUCAUACUUUAUGUCGGCCACAGACUUGUAACAGGUUCGAGAAUCCCAAGUUUAGAGACUCUCGAUUAUGAUUCAGGAAGACGUGAAAUGGAUAGGUAUGUAUGGGAUGCCGGCAGAGACUUCAAUCUUAGAAGCUUUAAAGAAGUGGCCCAAAGAAUUAUAUCAUUCUUGGCUUAG